ACUGAAAGUAACAGCUAAUGACAUCUAAAGCAUUCUGUUGUGGGGAUGCCUGUCGCUCUCCUAAACUUGUGUUUCUUUUUGUUGGUGUUGAACAUAGAGUCUGCAGUCUCUGUCUGUGACAUCAGAGUGCAUACGAUCAAUUUCGGAUGCCAUCUUGAGUGGGAUUGCCCCGAUGCCGACCCUAAAACAACUUACACUGUCUGGAGCAAGCACGGUAGAUCAUGGGUAAAUGUUUCAGGCUGCAUCCAGAUUUCCCAGCAAAGCUGUAAUCUGUCAGAAGUCUUUCCUAAUUUAGACAUCUACAACUUCAUCAGACUAACAUCUGAGCUUCUCUGGCUGAAUGAAACUCUGUAUUGCACCCCUGUAAAUGACGCUGCUGCCAAAUUCAGCCCGCCCUCCAUAACAAACUCCAUGGGCAAUGGAAGUCUAUGGGUGACAGUACAUUUUCCUUGUGCUCCAUCCGUAAGCUGCUCUUUUGAUGGUGAAAAUGAAUAUUAUGAGGAAGAGGAGGAGAUGGGAUGCCCCUGUCUUGUAACUGAUGUUAAACGUCUCUGGGCAACAGUCACUCUAUACAAUGAACAGAAUCUCUCAGACAAACAGGCACACACUGCUGAAGUGACGCAUACCCCAUUCAAGGUGGAAUUUGGUUUUCUUACACCAGGGCAAGUGUACUGUGCUGUGGCCAACUUCACAUUUGAGGGUGUGCUGGUGCCUUCUCCCCCGAGCAUCCCGCAGUGUGUCUACAUACCAGCAAAUAACGAAAGCCUUAUCGUUGUGAUUGUGUGUGCUGUUCUCAUCACUAUUGGCUUAGUAUUUCUUCUGUUCUGGAGACAGUGUGCAUCUUCUGAACGUCCCCUGCCCAGAUCUUUGGCUUUACUUCGAGACCUAGAACUUCAGAACGAGACUUUUGCUGACUCCAGUAAAGCUUCACCAGACAACGAGAGCUCUGAGGGUGACCAUGUUUCUGUCGUUUCCUUCCCUGACUUCACACUCACAGACAAGAAGUCUUCUUACUACAACACCCGAAGUCUGGGCUACGGCUAUUACACAAGCCCCAUCCUGCACAAUCCAGACUGCACUGAGGAGUCUGCGCAGUCUGAAGAGUUGAGCACAGAAGACCAACAUGAAAAGUUCUAUCUGUUACCAUCACAUCCAUUUCUAGAAACAGAGGUGGGAUUUCCAUAUCAGAAUCAGAGGCAUUUACUGUCCCCCGGAGACAUCCCUCUGAGCUCGGUGCGAGUUGAACACACUCAACAGGACGAGACAUCAACUGAAGACCCAAUGUGGUCUGAAGAUGUCCUGUGUGGAAAAAAUAUGAGACCAAUAGAAGACAUCCAAACAAAUUGAAACUACUGAUGUUUGUUUUACUUUUUCAGAAAGGUUAAAUAUAAUGUUUAAUAGACUCAAGACAGAUUUGUUCUUUGUACAGUUUUUAAUACAUGCUUUUUUUUGGUGCUAUUAAUUUGCAACAAUGUGAUUCUGUCCUUUUGCCCACUAACUAUUGACAUAGCUGUGAAAGGAAAAGUAGUGACAGAUCUUUUCUUAUGUAUUGUGAUGUACAUCCGAGUGUACUGUAACUGUGUACUGAAAAAAAAAAAAGACAAGCACUUGAUUCUAUUUAUUGUUGUUUGGAAAUGGAGACAGAUGAACAUGAGUUUUGCAGGACAAGAGACAUUUUCAUUUUGACCUUAGGUGCAGUUAUGACAAAUUUAUUCUUAUAUUCAUAUAUUAUGAUUUUUUUUUUUUAAAGAAGCACAUACGGAUGAUUCAUUCACAAGA